GCUAUUCUGCCUCCCUUGGUAUAUCUCCGGGCAGCGUGUGAUGGCACCGUAGAUGCCACUGUUAGGAGACCGGGUCUCCUUAAACGCCUGCUGCGCUGCACGGAGCAUUAGCAACGGAGACUGUUGGGCUUCUCGGCUCCGUGCUCCGUUCAUGCAUCUCGGGAUAACCCAGGGUCCUGCCUACAAUAAUGUAAUAAAACUGAGACGCGAUCAUGCGUUCUAAUGCUAAUGCUCCGUACGUAUGGAUAAUUAGUGAUAAUAUAGAAUUUACACGUUGUAUAGUAGUGAGAGUGCUUGUUGUUUUCGCGGUUCAUGAUAAACAAAACAGUGUAGAGUGUGUAAAAAAUUGAUGGGGAGGCUGAGCCUCCCUUGCCUCCUCUGACGAGCCGCCACCGAUUUUGUGUCAAUUCAAUCAAAUAUAACUCUUUAAAAUUGUAUACUUCCCGCUGUAUCCCCACAACAUGUAUCUAUAAAUCGGCCCUCUCAUUGACAGCUUGGCAAUGUUGCCACAAGACGGCCAUGCUGUGGUUGCAUAUUUUGAGUAGCCGUAAACAAAGUUAUAUGAUCGACACCAUUUUUAACUAAUAGAACGGGGUACUGAAAGAAGAAGAUAAUGUUGAAGUUUCCUGUUUCGACAUUCAAAUGAGAAGAAGAAGCAGUUUCGUCACGUGUUUCAUCUUAAAUUUUUUUUUGUGAUUUGUCAGGAUUCAUGAUUUGUAAAUGUAAAUAAUUUGUAUUAAUAAUUAAUUUGCUAUUUUUAUUGUGAUCUUCCGAUCGUGUGGUGCUGUGAUUUUGCCUUUAGCAUGUAAACAUAAAACUGAAAUUGUAUGUAAAAUUAAAUUUAAUAUGGAAAUAAAACAAGAAGUUAGUGAGAAAACUUGCAAAAUAGAAAUAGAUAAUAAUGACACCUCUGUUGGUCUUUUUGAUACCUUCAAAAUUGAGAUAAAGGAGGAACCCAAGACAGAAGCUGCAUACGACACAUUUGUUGAUUUAGACUUAAAUGAAUUCCCCCUAAAAACUGAAGUAGAACAAGAUGAAUAUAAAUUUUCACCACUUGAAGAAAAGCCAACAAAAAAUGAAGAAAGUUAUCCCCAGGAGGAGAAUAAAAUAAAAAUUAUGGAAAGGGCACGAUCAUCUCAUAAAGGAAAAUAUACACGUCAACAUGCCGAAGGAAAAUCCGUAAAUAAAAAUAUAAAAAUUCAGACUAGACAGGGAUCUUACAAGUGUGAAAUUUGCUUUAAGCAGUUUAAUCGAGCAAGUUAUUUGAAAGUUCAUUUGAGAGUUCACACUGGAGAGAAACCGUACAAGUGUGAAAUUUGUUUAAAGCAGUUUAAUUACGCAGGUUAUUUGAAAAUACAUUUGAGAAGUCACACUGGAGAAAAACCGUACAAGUGUGAAAUUUGUUUUAAACAGUUUAGUGAAGCAGGUGAUUUGAAAAAACAUUUGAGAGUUCAUACUGGAGAAAAACCGUACAAGUGUGAAAUUUGUUUUAAACAGUUUAGUGGAACAGGUAGUUUAAAAAAACAUUUGAGAGUUCACACUAGAGAAAAACCGUACACGUGUGAAAUUUGUUUAAAGCAAUUUACUCAAGCAGGAUCUUUAAAAAAACAUUUGAGAGUGCACACUGGAGAAAAACCUUAUAAGUGUGAAAUUUGUUUAAAGCAAUUUACCGGUGCAUUUGACUUGAAAAGACAUUUGAGAGUACACACUGGAGAAAAACCUUAUAAGUGUGAAAUUUGUUUAAAGCAAUUUACCGGUGCAUUUAACUUGAAAAAACAUUUGAGAGUGCACACUGGAGAAAACCCUUAUAAGUGUGAAAUUUGUUUAAAGCAAUUUACCGAUUCAUUUAACUUGAAAAGACAUUUGAGAGUACACACUGGAGAAAAACCGUACAAGUGUGAAAUUGUUUAAAGCGAUUUAAUCAAGUAGGUUAUUUGAACGUACAUUUGAGAAUACACAUUGGAGAAAAACCGUACAAGUGUGAAAUUUGUUUAAAACAAUUUAAUCAAGCAGGUGAUUUGAAAAAACAUUUGAGAGUGCACACUGGAGAAAAACCCUACCAGUGUGACAUUUGUUUUAAACGGUUUAGUGAAGGAGUUAGUUUGAAAAAACAUUUGAGAGUUCACACUGGAGAGAAACCGUACAAGUGUGAAAUUUGUUUAAAGCAAUUUAAUCAAGCAGGUCUUUUGAAAAGACAUUUGACAGUGCACACUAGAGAAAAAAGUCACAAGUGUGAAAUUUGUUUUAAACAGUUUAGUGAAGCAGAUGAUUUGAAAAAACAUUUUUUUAGAGUGCACACUGGAGGUGUGAAAUUUGUUUAAAGCAAUUUAACGAAGCAUUUCACUUGAAAAGACAUUUGAGAGUUCACACUGAAGAGAAACCGUUUAAGUGUGAAAUUUUUUUAAAGCAAUUUAAUCAAGCAGGUAAUUUGAAAAGAUAUUUGACAGUACAGACUGGAGAAAAACUCACAAGUGUAAAAUUUGUUUUAAACAGUUUAGUGGAGCAGGUAGUUUGAAAAAACAUUUGAGAGUUCACACUAGAGAAAAACCGUACACGUGUGAAAUUUGUUUAAAGCAAUUUAAUCAAGCAUUAUCUUUAAAAAAAACAUUUGAGAGUGCACACUGGAGAAAAACCUUAUAAGUGUGAAAUUUGUUUAAAGCAAUUUACCGGUGCAUUUAACUUGAAAAGACAUUUGAGAGUACACACUGGAGAAAAACCGUACAAGUGUGAAAUUUGUUUUAAACAGUUUAGUGAAAAAAGUGAUUUGAAAAAACAUUUGAGAAUCCACACUGGAGAAAAA